GCGCUGUAACUUUAUCCUCUGUUUCAAAGUUCACGCUCUCCACCGUCUUCCUCCUCCUCCUCUCCCUUGGCUACUUAAAGAUUAACAUCUCCGCGCUCCCCGAACUUCCUGCGCUAUCGAGGUCGAGUCUGCGUGUGGUGGUGACAUGCCUCAGUACAAGCUGGUCUAUCUUACCCUUCGGGGCCGCGCGGAGCCCAUUCGCUGGAUACUGGCCAUCACGGAGCAGCCCUACGAAGACGUGCGCUACAGCAGAGAGACCGAGUGGCCCUUCAAAAAGCCAGAGAUGCCAUACGGACACGUGCCUGUGCUGUUCGUGGACGGGAAGCCACUGAACCAGAGCGUCGCCAUCUGUCGGUACCUGGGGCGCAUGCACGGCCUAACAGUGGACGACCCUUGGGAGGCCGCCAGGGGGGACGAGGUGGCUGACUCCGUGAACGACCUCAUUCAGCCCGCCGGGCAGAUUGCCUAUGCCAAACUUGCGAACGAGACCGAGAAGUACAAGAUGCUGGCCGCGGAGUUCAACACCACCACGCUGCCGCCCACCGUGAGGGAGCUGGACCGCAGACUGGAGGGGCGGGAGUGGUUCUGCGGCUCAAAGAUGACGUGGGUGGACGUGUUCACCGCCUGCUACUUGAGCCAGGUCGCUGUCCAACACGAGGGCUCCCUGGACGCCGUCCCGCGCCUCAAGAAACACGUGGAAAAGAUUUGCAAGCUGCCGCAGAUCGAGAAAUGGGUAAAAGAGCGACCAGACAGUCUCCUGUAGGUCUUCCUGACGUCGCCCCGCAUCUGCUCCUCGACGCGUCAACACCCUGACGUCGUCCCAGAGGCGCAGAAAUUCCCGCAACACCACUGGAUGAUGCACCUGAGGGUGUUUUAAGGUGUGCGGAUCUCAUCAAGACCUCUACACAACUUCUCAGCUUUACUAAGACAGUGUAUACUCAGUCUCUUCAAAUGUAAACGGUACGUGUCCAUGAUCACGCCUCUUGCUGGCUGGAGGAUGAAGGAUGUCUGCCGCCCCGCCGCGACCACACACCGCUCCCUCAUACCACCACUUCGCACUCUGCUUCUCGUCCUCCCUCCGCCUCCAACACGUCACGCGGAGUAGAAACACAUACACACACACGUACAGACACACACACACGCGCACACACAGAUACACAUACACACACAUACACACACACACACACACACACACACACACACACACACACACACACACACACACACACACACACACACACACACACACACGAGGUUAAGACCAUUUCCCUUCUUUGGACAGUUACACGGUGACAAACGCCUAUAAUUGUGAUAUUCCUUCAACAACACAGGCAUCUGGUGUCCUCAUAGUGAAAGAAAGAGAGCCACUUUAAACACUACCACGAAAUUAAGCGCAUCAUUUCCACGGACGCCUUAAACACCUCCCUAAAGCAGAAGGAACAGACCGCAACACCAGAUCGCAGUGCCGGUCAAGGAACGCGGCCGCCAUCACUUCUCGGCACCAACAAUCUGCUCCGACCAGGCAGCACACAUUGACCGCCAUGAGGGUCGCGGCUCCCUCGUCCUCAGUGUGUAGCAGAGUAGGUGUUAAACAGAUACAAGGAUAAGGCUUCGAUGUGUCCUCUUGAACCGGUAUAGCCCCUCCCUCGCCCCCUGAACUAGUGUAAUGUUAGAACAGCUCAGUGUUUUGCCGCAGCCAAGUCAGCUCAAAUUUGAUUAGGCGCCAGUGUUCACUAGGAGCGGCGGCCACGAGGUGUGCCUCUGUGUCGUCCAGGAAAAGGAAAUCUUGUCGCCUCGUUCCAGGGUGUGGCCGCGACCCAGGGUGUGGCCGCGUCCCAACGUGCCCCGGGGUCGGAACACAGGAGGGUAAGCCCACCCUGGUGCAGGCGUGCCCCGUCCCCAAAACCUCACGCUUUCCCUCCCUAGCGAGCCAUAGUCAGCCUCCUGCCCGUAGCUCUGCCACGUCCACUCACCAGUUAGUGCACGCGGGCGUUCCCAUCCCCGCGCAGCACACCUUCGUGGCGGUGACCGGAAAGUAGCAACCCUCUCGCUUCCUGAAGACACUAGCGCAGUAGCUUUUGCUAAACAUACUCGUAAAAAUGUAAUCAAAGUAUAUAAGAUAUACGUAGAGGCUAUUCGUUUUACGAGUCCAGGAGAAUAAUAGAAAUAUUACGACUGUCCUUUGUGAGAAGUGUUUGCUGUGUUAGCUCAGCAUCCACCUCAGUCCACCCCAGUCCAGCGAGUGUCGAGCGGGGCCCGGUGGCCUUCGUUCUCUGUCACCCAGUGACCGGCGCCCUAAAAGCUGCCUGAAGUACCGGACCGUCGCCCCCCAUCCCUAACUCCCAGCUGUCGCCUCAAAUUCUCGCUAGAACAAGCCUCGACUUUCGGAAAUUUGGGCCACACGCCCCCGUGACGUUGAUCCAAUAUUGGGGCGUAAGUGGACCCCCCGCACCCUGAGUAAACACAUCACCUGAGGAAGAAAGGUUCACUUUGACUUCCUUACUUUGUGUCGUAGGAAGGUCACUCGUCCAGUGGCGGCAGCCAGUCAGCCGAUGCUUGGUGCGUCCCGCGAGAAGUAAAGCUGCCCCGCGCUGCAAGGAAAAGAGUAGGUAUUAGUGUGUGACGGACAGUUGUUGCAAGGACGCCAGACAGCUGGAUGGCACCGGAGGGCACUGCCAGGCGACAGGGGAAGGGGUGCACGAUAAAAAUUUUGGCGUCCGAUUUAAGCUGUUGUCGGUUUGCAGUAUUCCAUAACCGGUACUACCAUUUACUAAAGACUUUAUCGAAAUAUGAAUAAAACAUGUUACAUCAUUUUAAGCCUUAAUGGAACGAAUAAAACUGCUGUUUGAAUUGAUUCCUCCCUUCAGCCCCUGCCAAUUAACAGACUACGGGGCUGCCGCUGCCUCCACUGCUCCUGCCGCGGCAUCCUGGAAUGCCGGGGGCAGCACUGGCUGUGGCGGCGAGGCCCCAGUUUCCGCCUGAGGUCGCCCCGACGAGCCACACAAAAAUAACGAUGGAAAAAGCGAUCCUACCUCCUCCCGCCCUUCCACCCCUCCCGCCCUCACUGGACUGGGACGGCCGUAUACCUCCACCGGGCUCUACCUCACGGCUGGCACUAAUCUCCCUCCCGCGCUGCAGAUUUCUCCCUUGCUAUAUUCAAAAGGGAAAAGUAGAUGUCCCCCAGCGAUCCCCAAACGUCUCUUAGGCGCCUGUAUCUCGCUGGUCUCCACACUGUUCCGCGGGACAGCCACGAGCCUGAUGCUGUAGCCUUAACCGAGGCCUUAUCACUCUCCCAGCCACUGCUAGGUCACUGCUGAGUCACUGCGCUGCGAACCUUCAGGCCGAGUAACAACACAUCGUCACUGUGUUCACUGUUGUCAUGAUCUAGUUUUGUAUGUCCUAGAGGAGCUUUGUACAGUGUCGGAGUGCUUGAUGAGUCCCCUGCAGAGCGCCAGUCGAGCUCUGUUACGUCACGCGCACCACCUGGAUCACCCUACGAGAGGACGAAGAGGAGGUGAUUAAACUCUUCAAGUAUUUCACGAAGCACAAGUUUGCGUGACCUGGAGUGAAGGGUCUGCACGGGUGAGGGAAGGAGUCCUGGAGUGGGAGUCCCGUCAGCAGCACUCAGACGCCUCAUUCACAGCCAUUCGUCACUCAUGCCACGCCCAGAUUUUCAUUCGUAAGUCUCAAAAAUUCCUCUUGAUUUCUACGGAGCAAAGAUGAGUACACUGACGGAGGUCCAGGCACGCACUUGGCAGCGGUCGUAUCUUGGAGACAUGAAGGACUGACUGGAGAUGCUUAGUUACUGUAUUGUAUUAAAGGCAGAGUGCGUCUUGAGCAGCCCAGUAACACUCCAGUGGUGAAACAAUAACGACAUUGGCCAGUACUCAUAACCAUUGUAUACAUAUUAAUGCUACUGCUAUCAAUACCACUACCGCUACCAAUAGAAUCACUGUACACCACUUUUUCAUCAUUAUCAUCACUAUCAAGAACAAAUGUAAUAUCUCAACACGAACACCUGCCGCGAGUUUCCAGCAUUUUUGUAUUGCAGUAAAAGGGAACACUGUGUCACAUUAUACUCAUACACUAAAAUGAAUCAUGUACAGAACUAUUUUUCCACCCCUUUCAGACGAGGGGCAGAAAAAAGUAAUCUUAAAGAAUACUGAAGUGGGUAAAGUAAGCUUAAAAAGUACUACUAAAGUGUAAGUGUUAAGUGGAGAACGUCUGUAUAGGUGGAACAGAGAUGUAACUAUCGUAUAUUUUGUGUUUAUAUCUCAGCUUUGGAAAUUUGAGAAGAGUGUCAUUAAAUCCGUUGGUCGACAA